CGCCGGCUCAGGGCGUUAGGGUCUCGGCGCCAGGUCGCAGGCCCCGGGCCGCUGCACAGCCAUGAGCUACGGCCGCCCGCCUCCCGAUGUGGAGGGCAUGACCUCCCUCAAGGUGGACAACCUGACCUACCGCACCUCCCCCGACACGCUGAGGCGCGUCUUCGAGAAGUACGGGCGCGUCGGCGACGUGUACAUCCCGCGGGACCGCUACACCAAGGAGUCCCGCGGCUUCGCUUUCGUCCGCUUCCACGACAAGCGCGACGCCGAGGACGCCAUGGACGCCAUGGACGGCGCCGUGCUGGACGGCCGCGAGCUGCGGGUGCAGAUGGCGCGCUACGGCCGGCCGCCCGACUCGCACCACAGCCGCCGGGGCCCGCCGCCCCGCAGGUAUGGCGGCGGCGGCUACGGCCGGCGGAGCCGCAGCCCUCGGCGCCGCCGCCGCAGCCGCUCCCGCAGCCGCAGCCGCUCCCGGUCCCGCAGCCGCUCCCGGUACAGCCGCUCCAAGUCUCGGUCCCGCACUCGGUCGCGCUCGCGGUCCACCUCCAAGUCCAGGUCGGCGCGAAGGUCCAAGUCCAAGUCCUCCUCGGUCUCCAGAUCCCGCUCGCGGUCCAGGUCCAGGUCGAGAUCCAGGAGUCCUCCCCCCGUGUCCAAGAGGGAAUCCAAGUCUAGGUCGCGCUCCAAGAGCCCCCCCAAGUCUCCAGAGGAAGAAGGAGCGGUGUCCUCUUAAGAAAACGCUGCGGUCUCCUGUUUGAUAAAAGAAUAUUGGCCAGUAUUGCAGAUUUUAACUGAUUUGGCUGAUCCUCCAGGGACCAGUUUCUGUGGGCGUGUAUUGGAGCAGGUUUGUCUUUAAACGUUAAAGAUGCACUAUCCUCAUAGAGAAAAACAAUCAGUUCAACUGUUGUUGUACUGACUGGGACUUCUUACUCUAAUGGAUGUGGCAAAUGAAUUGCAAUUAAGAAGCAAUGAACUUUUGGAACCCCAAAAGAAAGUUACAGGUAUUGCACUGGGUGGGGAAAGGAUAGUGUGUCUUUAACUCUCAAAUUGUUUGGUCCUAUUUUUUUUUAAAGGAAAGGGCCCUAAGUAGCUGAUUAAGAACAUCCUCAACUGCCAACGUUUCAUUUUCAAACAUCUUAAAGUGUAGACUAAUUUCUGAUAGCAAGUUUUUGUUUGGAUACAGCCCCACCCUGUCCUCCCGCUUUUUCUUUUUUCCCCCCUUGCCAUUUUUCUUUUUGCCUUGGUUAUUUGACCAAGAAUCACAUUCAAACUUGUGCUGGUAGCCUUUAGGAGAAUCCUCAUUUGGGCCUUUAAAAAACUGAUGGCCAGGUGGAACCUUCUGUAACUCCUUGUUUCACCAGAGCCUUAGUAAGUACGUGCCUGAAACUGAGACCAAUUUGCACUUUUGGUACCUUUGUAGUGUUAGAAGGUAAGCUGAACCUUUCUCUUUUCAAAUCUAGAUGGAUCGGCAAACAGCUUAACAGAGGACUCUGGAAGAAAGGACCACAAACUCAGUCCAUCGGUCCAUGGAAGAGUCCUUGGAACAAGCAACUGGCUAUUGAAAAGGUUAUUUUGUAACAUUUGUCUAACUUUUUACUUGUUUUAAUCUGCCUCAGGUGGCAAACUUCAUUUUAUGUGCCAUUUUGUUGCUGUUAUUCAAAUUUCUUGUAAUUUAGUGAGGUGAGCGACUUCAGAUUUCAUUAUUGGAUUGGAUAUUUGAGGUAAAAUUUCAUUUUUGUUUAUAGUGCUGACUUUUUUUGUUUGAAAUUAAACAGAUUGGUAACCUAAUUUGUGGCCUCCUGACUUAAUAAGGAAACGUUUGCAGCCAUUACACACAGCCUAAAGCUGUCAGCAGAUUGACUCAACAUUGCCUUCACUCCUUAAAAUUAAAAACCCUACGAAAGUUGGUGUAAUUUGUUUAUAUAUGUUAUUUACCUUCAGGUCUAAAUGAUAAUCAGAACCCAAAUUUGUAUAAAGACUUUUCAGGUGAAAAGACUUAAUUUUUUUUUUUUGAAAGGAUUGUUUACCAAAUACAAUUCUAAUCUCUUCUCUUAUGUAUUUUUGUGCACUAGGCGCAGUUGUGUAGCAGUUGAGUAAUGCUGGUUAGCUGUUAAGGUGGCGUGUUGCAGUGCAGAGUGCUUGGCUGUUUCCUGUUUUCUCCUGAUUGCUCCUGUGUAAAGAUGCCUUCUUGUGCAGAAACAAAUGGCUGUCCAGUUUAUUAAAAUGCCUGACAACUGCACUUCCAGUCACCCGGGCCUUGCAUAUAAAUAAUGGAGCAUACAGUGAGCACAUCUAGCUGAUGAUAAAUACACACCCCCUCCCCUCAAAAAAUGGUAAAUCUGAUCAUCCUCAUGUAUGAACUUAAUCAGAAAAUGUUAAGGAAGCAAAUGGUUUGUAACUUUGUAAGUACUUAAAACAUGGUGUAUCUUUUGCUUAUGAAUAUUCUGUACUAUAACCAUUGUUUCUGUAGUUUGAUUAAAGUGUUUCUUGGUGUUAGCUUUUUUGAGAA